AUGACCUAUAGGCCACCCUAUACUACUCUGGCUAACAUUAAACAAGAACCUAGUGAGUCUUUACAAGACUACUUUAAGCGUUUUAAUGCUGAAGUAACAAAAGUUUGGAAGGCUCCCGAGUCUUCGCUAGUGUGUAUGUUUAUGUUAAUAACAAUUGUCCUGCCAAGAACUGAUUUUUGGAAGGAGCUACAAGCUCGAAGACCAGAAUCGUUGGUCGAGUUCUUUGCCAUGGCAGAACUGCAUAAGAGGAUUGAAAAUUCUCUGGCAGAAUUGGAGAAAGACAAAGAUAAGUGUAAAUCGCCAGUGCCGCGAUCACGAUCCCGCAGUCCCCGAGGAGAGAUUUCCAGAGGAUUAAGCCGAAGAAGACGCAGUCCACAGAGACAGCGAAGUCCAAAAUUGGCCAAGUCCCUUCCUAAGAAGGAAUCCUCCCCAAAAAGGAAAGGUGGAUCGCGCUUCGUGAAUUACACCGAGCACGCAGUACCUCGAGACCAUAUCUACGCCAUCGAAGAGAAGAAUGGGGUCUUCAAGAAGCCUCCCCCGAUCAGGGGAAUCCGCGACAAGAGAGACCCCAAAAAAUUCUGUAAGUACCAUAAAGAUAUUGGUUACACUACUUUGGAGUGUUGGGUUUUGCAGGACGAGAUUGAAGAGCUGAUCAGAAGAGGAAAGUUCAGCAAAUACAACAAGAACGAGGAAAGUCAUCCCCGAGCGGAUGACAAAGAAGAAAACCAGAAUGCGAGUGGUUCGAGAACUCCUUGCAACAUCCUCACCAUCAUAAGCAGACCCCAUAUCGCAGGUGACUCCAGAAAGUCGCAGGAGCGAUAUGCACAAGAGGCCAAAGAGAAGCCACUCACCAAUGUGAACAACCUAAGCAAGCGACCGGAGAAGUUGUUCAAGAAAGAAUGCGAUGACAUCACAUUCAUGGAAAGUGAUGCGAGAUGGGUCCACCACCCACAUUCCGAUGCAUUAGUCAUUGUUGCCAAUAUUGGCGGGGAUAACGUCCACCGUAUACUCGUGGACAAUGGAAGUUCUGUGAAUCUCUUGAACUUCCAAGCCUUCAAACAGAUGGGGUUGCAUGAGAAGGAUAUGCGACCUGUAACGUCGAGUAUAUAUGGUUUUACUGGCGACGUCAUUGCAUUAGAAGGGAUGAUCAAGCUCCCGAUUACUUUGGGAACCACCCCUGUAGUAGCCAAGUCGAUGGCUGACUUCGCAUUAAUCGACCAAUACUUAGCAUACAAUGUCGUGAUUGGUCGGCCAAUUCUAAAAGAGAUGAAGAUUGUAACGUCAAUCUAUCAUCUCACAAUGAAGUUCCCUACUCCCUCUAGAGUAGGUUCUGUGUGA